AUGGAGGCAAAACCACUAAUGGAACCAGGGUCAGUUUUUCCUCAAGAUAGCCGCCCCCCUACUUGGUGUGGAAUAAUCCAACUAGCAAGUUGUAUCCAUGUGACAAAGGUGCAGAACAUAGCCUGGACAAGAACACCUAGAAGUGCAAUUGAUAAUCCAGGAAAAAUAGGGGCACGAGGUAUACUAAUAGAUCAUGAAGUCAAUCUCAUAUUAGUAUUUACCUUACCCCUGGGAAGUGGUACCAACAAUCAAGAAGAACUAGGAGCAACUAUAUUUGGUAUAUCAUGGGCUUUGGAACAAGGAUACAGGAAGAUCAUAUUGGAAAUGGAUUCCAUGCUAGCAAUCAACUGGAUACUCCAAAAACUAAACCUCAGUGGAGCAUUUGCAAUCAACUAG